AUGAAUGAACUCCUAUUAUCAGAAGGUCAUCGAGAUGUAUACAUACAAGCGUACGCUGAUGAUCUUACAUUAGUUGCAAAUCUACCGAAGGUCAAUAACGUAUACAAAACGGAUGUACUACAAGCCGAGUUACAGAGAAUUUCCAGCUGGGCUAGUAAACACAGUUUGAACUUUGCUGCUGAGAAAACGCAAGCAGUUAGGUUUGGAAGAGGUCCUCCACUUGCCAUAUUUUUUGAAGAUAAAGAAAUCCAGUUCACCAGUAGUGUUAAAAUACUUGGAAUUAAUUUUGAUGAGCACCUCAAUUGGAAUGCGCAUAUUAACAGCACCAUUCAAAAUAUUAGGAAGUCACUUCAGGGAGCUAACAACACCCUGGGUUGGCCGAAACCAAGACUGCAAGUUCUCAAAAUCAUAUAUCAAGGAGUGAUUCUUCCAAAGAUUACCUAUGGCUCUGAAAUAUACUUCGAGGGAAUAACCAAAGAAGGUAUUAGGAGACUAAACUCACUACAAUGUACAAUACUUCGACGGAUGUCCUCCCUUUAUCGGACGACUCCAAACUCCACUGUCCUCACAUUAACUGACUCGAGUCCAUUGGAGAAUGUUUUAAGCUACAAUAUGCUUAAAUACAAAAUACUCAGUGGGAAAGCGCAUCCCUCAGACCCCGCUAUGAUCAUUCCUGGAGAUCGACCUUUAGAGACAAAUAGUUAA